CUUUGCCACCGUCAUCAUGGGUCUUCUGCAAAAGAGUGCCAAUCUGGCCUUGAGUCUGAGUGCCACCGCCUUGGCUCUGGGUUGUGCCGCUGAGGCCUCUCCCAGCGUCACCACCGAGCAGGGUGUGGUCUAUGGUUUCUCCCAGAACGACACCAAUGUCUAUCUGGGCAUUCCCUUCGCCCAGACCACCGCGGGUGAGAACCGGUGGAAGGCGCCCCUGGCUGCCACCGCCUAUGAGGGGGGUAGCUUCGAUGCCUCGGCCUUUGGUCCCUCGUGCGCCCAGGCCAUGUCCGGCACGACGAUCGUUGCCCAGAGUGAGGAUUGCCUCAACCUGAACAUCUGGACCCCCCCCAGUGGCACUGGCCUGCCCGUCUUUGUCUACAUCUACGGUGGUGCUAUGGUCACGGGUGGUAGCAGCAACCAGCAAUGGCAGGGAUGGAACUUUGCUCGCAAGGAUGUCAUCUACGUCAACUUCAACUAUCGUGAGAGCAUGUAUGCCUCUCCCUAUGCUCCCGAGCUCGAGGGCGAGUCGCAGAACUUUAGCAUCUUGGAUGUGGAGCUCGCCCUGCAGUGGAUUUAUGACAACAUCGAAGCCUUCGGUGGUGACAAGUCGCGCAUCGUGUUGGGAGGUCACUCCUCCGGUGGUGUCCACGUCGAUGACUACCUCUGGAACCACCCCGAAACCUUCCUGGCGGGUGCCAUUGAGAUGUCGGCCAACGCUCAGUCCGGCCCGGCCAAUGCGCCCGUGGGUGUCGCCCUCAAGCAGGUCGUCCAGGACAUGAUCGAUGCGGGUGUCUCCCUGGACUGCACUGCCGACGACUACACUCUGGACUGCCUGCGCAAGGUGGAUACCUAUGCCUUCCAGACCAGCUACUUCAACUCAACCUCCAACACGUGGUUUGGCCCCGUCGUGGAUAAUCUCACCCGCUUUUCCAACUACUCGGACCGUUUCGCCAACGGCCACUACCCCAAGUCGUUGCCGCUGAUCGUCGGUAACUCGGACAAGGAGGGCAAGCUUUUCGGCAUUGUUUAUGGGUCGGAGAACACGAACUUCUCCUCGUGGAUCCGCACCUACGAUGCCGACUUGGCGUUUGUGCCCGCCGAUGAGCUGCUGGAGGCCUACAACCCCGAUGACUAUUCCUCCAUCUCCCGGAUGAGCGGUGCCUCGUAUGGCGAUGCCCGCUUCCACUGCGCGACCGACUACUUCCUGGACAUGCGCUCGGAGGAGCAGAACACCUGGAUCUACCGCUGGUUCGGCAACUACUCCAACGUCCUGGGUAUCCCCGACAUCGGCCCCUCCCACGGCAGCGAGGUCCCCUUCUUCCACGGUGGCAACGAGUGCUUCGCCAAGCUGACCGGAGUCACGGCUGCUGAGCAAGACCUGGCCGACUACAUGAACGACUGGUUUGUUGCCUGGAUCAAGGACCCCAGCGCUGGCCCCGGUUGGGAUCAAGCCACGCCGGUGAACGGACCUCUGGCCCUGUUGGGUGUGCCGGGUAACGAGGAGGCCAUCGAGGCUGGAGAGACUGGCACCUACAACCAGCGCUGCCAGAAGGUCUACAAGCCAAACUACCCCAACUACCCGGUUGUCCAGAAUCCCGUGGAGUUG